GAAACAGCUGACUGUUGCGCGGGUUGCGCUGACAAGAAGCUUGCUACUGUCACAUCAAAUACCAAAAGUUAGAUUUUUAUGUUUUGUGGAGAAUGGACGUGUGCUGUGAAUGACUGUUCAGAAUAUGGUACAGUAGUUGUUAAGGCCGGUGUACUGAAGUGUACGUGGCAAAUAUGGAAGGACACUCGUCCGUAUCGUCAGUGUAGAUAUGAGCCUUUAUCGCACCUUCAGUAGAACGAUUCCAGUUUUUGUCGUCGUAAUUCUGUAUCUGUUAAAGUGUUACUCCCCCGUGAAUGGUUUUGGAUACAAUACGUCACGGCUGACUGCGCCUUGCAAGGUAGCAAGACAGUAUUCGUGAACUGAAAAUUGUUGAAUGCCAUGGAGGCCUGAUUGCUCAUCUUUCACAUUGAGGAGUCACUUAUGGACUUCAUAACAGAACCUUUUGAAAAUUUCUAUGAUGUGUUUGAGGAUAUUGGAAAAGGCCAAUUUGCAGUGGUGCGACGCUGUCAAGAGAGGUCAACAGGACGGCAGUUUGCUGCCAAGUUCGUCAGAAAACGUCGAGUAUGUCGAGGAGUAUCCCAGGAAGACAUACGACGUGAAGUGCACCUCUUGCGUCGCCUGGCUGGCCAUCCACACCUUGUGACAUUGCACCAAGCUUUUGACAGUCCUCGACAUGCUGUCCUGGUUCUUGAGAUGCUGGAGGGUGGAGAACUGUCCUCUCUCCUAGACUCUCGUGGUCAUUUGGAGGAAACUGAAUCAGCUUAUUGUGCUCAUCAAAUACUACUUGCAUUACAACACAUGCACAGUCAAAAUAUCGCUCAUCUUGACCUCAAGCCUGAAAAUAUACUUCUCGUUGGUGGAGGACUACAGCUGAAGUUGGUGGACUUAGGACUUUCCCAGGAACUUGAGCCUGGUACACAUCUACGAACCACUCUGGCAACCCCAGAAUUCGCAGCACCUGAGAUUGUCAGUUACGAGCCUCUCUCCUUAGCUACUGAUAUGUGGGCACUUGGUGUCAUCACAUACCUCAUGCUGAGUGGAAUAUCUCCAUUUUUGGGAGAAGACAAGCAGGAGACUUACUCUAAUAUAGCUGCUGUGUCAUAUACGUUUGACGAAAAUGCUUUUUCUCGUGUCUCGACAGCUGCCAAAGAUUUUAUCACCAAACUCCUUUUGAAAGAUUCUUCGAAAAGAGCAACUGUUACACAAUGUCUAGAUCAUAGUUGGAUUCAGGCAUGCAGCUUAAGCUUGUCAAUUGUAAAGCCUAAAAUAGAAGAUAAUAUAAGGAAAGUGACAUUGAAAACUAAAAAACAUUGGAAGCAAUCACUUCGUGCUGUACAACUCUGCCUGCAGCUGCAGGCAACUGGCGGUGAUUGCAGUGUAUAUACUGAUGAUGGUGAUAAUUUUGUUGUGUCUGCACUGAACAGUGCUGCAUCCUCUGGUAAUGUGGAAGGUCUUCAGAAGUUAAUGAGUCUUACAAAAAUCAGUUUAAAUGUCUCCAAUAAGGAGAGAGUGAGUCCUGCACAUGUGGCAGCAGGCUGUGGACAAGUAAGUGUACUGGAGUUACUAAACACAUCUGGAGCGAAUCUACAGGCCAAAGAUGACUCUGGUGACACACCACUGAUUUGGGCAGCUCGUCAUGGACAAGAAGAUGCUCUCAGCUUUCUUGUCAAUGCUGGAGUCAAUGUCUCAACACAAAACUUAGAUGGCGGAACAGCAUUACAUGAAGCAGCAUUACAUGGCCGUACAACGUGUGUACGUCGACUCAUUGCGUGCCCUGACAUUUCACUUGAUAUUCCAGACUGUAAUGGCCGAACACCUCUUCAUGUGGCUUUGGCCACUGUUCGUGAGGACUGUGCGUUACUGCUCUUGCAUGCUGGAGCUGACGUUGAUAUGUGUGAUAUGGAGGGUGAUGCACCUAUUCAUCUCGCUUCACGGACUGGCCUGCUGACUGCUGCUCAAACUUUGUGUGCUUUUGGUUGUACGGUUGACAUUGCAGAUGCAGAUGGCCUGUAUCCUAUUCAUUUAGCUGCACGCUAUGGCCAUGGAGAAGUCGUUAGAUGUUUGUGCCUUGCUGGAUGUAAUACUGAUCAGAAGAAUACUGAUGGAAUACGAGCUGAAAUAACAGCUUUAAAACAUGGUUUCAAUGAUGUUGCUAACCUUCUUGCUAAACUUAAAAAUAGGGAUGAACUGAUACGGCAGUUGAUUCCAACUUCAAAGCCCCCAUCUCGACUUAGUGUAAAGUUUCUAGGACGCACUGGCUCAGGCAAGACAACACUCAUCAGUUCUCUGACAGCUGGUCUCAUCACAGGCCUUCUUCGAAAAGCCAGACUGUCUCCUUCUUCAGCACCAUCUCGUACAGGUUCGACAUCACCAGGAAGCAAAAUGCAAAUAGAAAUGGAUGUAACUUCCUGCCGUGGUCAGCCUGUCUUCGAUGUCUACAAUGAUCAUUAUACAAGAGGAAUUGAUGUACAAGAGGUCUCAGUCUCUGGUUGUGGUGGUGAUUUGACGUUAUGGGAACUUUCUGGACAAGAUACCUAUUUUCUGAUAUACCAUCAUUUUCUAGGCUCAACAGCUUGUCUUCAUGUUGUAGUUUAUAGUCUGGCUGAUCCACCAAGUGCUCAGCUUGAGCAGUGUCUCUUCUGGCUUACCUUUCUCCAGGCACGCACAGUACCACCACUUGAACCACUUGGUGAAGGGGGUGUAGCUGGACGACUUCCCCUAGUACUUCUUGUUGGUACACAUGCAGACAUGGCUGGGCGAUAUGCAGAUUCAGCUGCAAGACGUUUAAUUACGCAGCUUCGCACAAGGUUCCGACUGCAGCUAGAAUUGCUGCCUCAGACAAUUGUGUUAGAUGCUCGCAUUCCUGGUAGCCCAGGAAUACGUCAACUAGAGGCAGCCAUAGCAGGAGUGAGACAGCGACUGUUGCUGGAGGUUCCACGCUGGACAGGAUUCCUCGAGGCAUCCCUGUCAUGGUUAUCACAAGCUCGUCGCCUGCUGCCCUUUCCAGUGAUGCCUUGGUCUCAGUUUGUUGCUGCUCUCCGUGAUCGUGUCAAUCCCUUGGCUGGAGAAGAACAUUUGCGUGAGCUAGCACACCAACUAGAAGUUACUGGAGAGAUAGUCCAGCUCCGUACUCCUGCUCAAGACGAAUUGGUGGUUUUGAGCCCUCGCUGGCUGGGUCAGUUAAUAGGCCAGUUACUUUCACCAGACUUCCUCGUGAAAGCUCGUACAACAGGGUGCUAUUCCUCUCAUGACUUCCAAGCAGCUGUACCACAGCUACCGGCGUCAGAUGUACUGCCAGUACUGGAGGCCCUAGGGCUUUGCGCUCGGUGUUACGAAGAUGAAGACAUUGCUGGUGAAUUUGAAGAUUGUGAUUGUAGUGGAAGUGAAUGUGAAGAUCCUACUGUGAAGUCCAGCUGUGCCACUUACAUAGAACCAGAACCAGAAUUUGAAUUUCCAUGUUUCAAUUUUGUUGAGACUUUAGAUGGUUUGUGGGAUGCUCGCUACCAUGCCACUUGCUAUGGAGGCUUACGCCUUCGUGCACCUGCUCCUUCAUCAUGUCUGCUACGCUGUCUGUUUCCCCGUUUCCAGGUUCAACUGAGGCGCUGCACACAGCAGUUAAGUGAUCCAGACACAGACCUCUACCAGUGGAUGAAUGGCUCAAAACUAUGCACAGGAGCAGUAGAGUCUCAAGCAGUCCUAAUUGAUGAGAUGGAAAUUGAUGACGACAGUGAUGAAGAUGAUGAUAGUGACAGCAAGAGUAGCUUAGGUCAAGAUGAAUGGCUUGAACUGAAGGUGCGGGGACCUCCAGGGUCAGCUCUGGCUUGUUUCUGUUUGCUAGAAGAGCUGCUGGCAGUUAUUGAUCAGGUUGUGAGUGAAGUUAGCCCUGGAAUGGCACUGGAGAAGCAUGCAUUAAGCCCUGCCCAACUCCGUUGUCAUACCAGUGACCCCUAUUGCUGGGCCCCAGAACAGCUCAUGAAGGCUAUACUGAAAUCUGGUCUCAGUGCUUCAUUGCGCAAUCCACGAACUGGGGGAAGUGAAUCAUUGCUUGACAUUAUUGGUUUUGGAGAACCAGAAGUCUUGCAGCUGCUUGUGACAGCAGACAGAUUAUCAGUAUCAGCACUUUCAACAUUGUGUCGCCAGCGUCUGUGUCUUCUGUUAGAUCCACCUGAUCCUCUUGGACGUGACUGGUGUCUCCUGGCUGUCCGUUUAGGUCUACUUGAUGAACUUGCUCAUAUUGAUGGAUCUGCCUCAGCUGCCUCUGUGUCACGCACAGCAGCUCUUCUUGAUGCAUGGGGAGGAACAAUAGGCCAGUUGAUAACUACACUGGAAGAACUCGGACGUCAAGAUGCAGUUGCAGUAUUGCUAAAGAAUGCCCCUUUGUACCGCAUUACUUUGUCAUGUCAGUCACCAGCAUCUUCUGACUCUAGUUCACGACUGUCUCGCUGACCACAGCUGUUACCUAAAUCAGUUAUAUAUGAUCUCACAACAGUAAUGUUGCAUCAGCCCUAAGGAAUUGUAAGGGCUUGUAAGAAGUAUUGUUGAUUUGCUGCACUGCACUCAGUUGAGGCAGGGUUUGGAAAUAUACACACUCUGUUGAGGAUAAAUUGUGUGAUGUACAGUGCUGUUAAUUGAAGUCACUUUGUUUUUCUUUCUUCUGGAAAUAUAGGUAUUGGUAUUUGGAAAAUGCAUAGAUCACAGUCCUUGACUGUUAUACCAAGCAACAUAAAUUUUUCUAGAAGAAGAAAAUGAGAAUUUAGAAGUCAGUCAAUCUUAAGUUAUUAGACUUUUGUUAGUCUACUGAGAUUGAGAAACAGACCAAGUAGAAUAUGGGACAAAGAGCAGCAGAUCAUGAAGCUGAAUGAUAAUGAAACAGCAUCAUUUAUACUAUAAUUUGUGUUGCUGUGAUCUUUGACAUAUUGCAUAUUUAUGCUUGUAGAAGUCAUUAGGAUUUCAUUUACAUACAAGCAUUCCUGCAUGUGCAUUUAUAGACAAGUAAACCUUUUUACUGUAAGAGAUAGCUUUCUGUCUGAGUUAAUAAUGCAUUUUCUUGCCUAUUCUGGCGUGCUUCCUGUUCUCUUCUCCCCUGUUCUCUUUGUUUUAGUGUUCAUUUAC